AGCCGGGGUGGGCUGGGCGGCCCGAGGGCGGGGCUGGGGGAAUAAAAGCACGACUGCGGCGCUCGGUGCUGUUCGCCGCGGCUGGAUCACUCUUUUCUGAGCUGUACAAUGGCCGGGCGCCGACGCACCCCGCUGCUUCUGCUGGCCGCCCUGGCCCUGACCCUGGCCCUGGCCCUGGCCGUGAGUCCCGAGACAAACAGGAGAACCCCCAAGUCUACAUUGGUGGGCGGUGUGCUGGACGCCGACGUCAACGAGGAGGGCGUGCAGCAGGCGCUGAACUUCGCCCUCAGCGAGUACAACAAGGCGAGCAACGACGCGUACCAUAGCCGCGCAAUGCGAGUGGUGCGCGCCCGCAAGCAGGUCGUGACUGGGAUGAACUACUACUUGGAGGUGGAGAUCGGACGAACCAGAUGUACCAAGUCCCAGCCCAACUUGGACAGCUGUCCCUUUCAUGACCAGCCACACCUGAUGAGGAAAACGCUCUGCUCUUUCCGGAUAUACACUGUCCCCUGGCUGGGCAAGACCUCCUUGGUGAAGUCCAGCUGCCAGGAUGCAUAGAGGACGCUGUGACAGGCUGGGCCACUCUACCCCUUUCUCCUACCCCCACACCCCCUUGUAGAGCUCCUAAGCUUUAGAAGGUUGGGUUUGCCCAAGUGAUGCCCCCUCAGUAUGCUAGUCCCAAGAGACAAAUAGAGAAGGGUUCUGGGACUUUUUUUGAACAGCUAAGUAACUGGAACUCGUUUCUUUUAAUUACUUUCCAAAUGCACCAGUAUGUAGUACAUGUGUUCUGCUCUAUCUUAAUCAAUAAAAAGUAACCUCAGCUA